GUACUGCUAUGUGGAUAUUUGUUAGCAAUGACUGAUGUGGAAUCUACAUAUGCAGAUUUUAUUGCUUCAGGAAGAACAGGUAGAAGAAAUGCACUACAUGACAUACUUGUGUCCUCUACAGGUGGGAACUCUGGUGAACUAGCCUUAAAGUUAUCAGAGCUUGAUAUAAACAAGGCAGAAGGAGAAGGAGAUGCACAAAGAAAUCCAAGUGAGCAAACUGGGGAAACCCAAGGGGAGGCGGCAAAGCAAGAAAGCUGACAUCCGACUUUGACCGACUGGAACAGCUGCUGGAUGUUUUCAGAGUACAAGAGCAUGCUGGAACAAAUUUGUUUCCAUGAGCAAGCCUGUGGAAAAGAAAGUGUAUGUGUCUUCACUGCUGGAACCCACUCAACACAAUGUUAGAAAUGGGGGUACAAGCUGUGGCAGAAGACAGAAUUUUCUCUACCUCUGUCAUUAGCAAUGGUUGAACGUGUAUUGAUUUUUGGGAUAGCCUCAUCAGAUGGAUCCCUUCGCAAUGACUACUUGAUGGGAACGCUUUUAGAAAGUAGAACAAGCAGAUAAAUCUUGUAGCAAAUGGCCUUUGAAGCGUCAGAGGAUCAGAUUGCGUAUCUUAAGCAAAGGCUUGUGUGAUCCUCAGAGUUUAAAAUUCUUUGGCCAAAGUGUUCACCCAUUAAGAGAACUGUAAAGAAAGCACUGUUUUUAGAACUCUGCGUCUGUGUUUUACAGCUCUGUUAUUUACAAUGGUUUUUGUAUUGUACAAGUUAGAUGCUCCACACUGCCCCUUCUCAACUGCUUAUGAAGAAUAUUUCUGUUACUGUGAAUUUUUCUACCACUCGUUUUGAAAGGGCUGUUUUUUUGCAUAAUGUGGUGAUGUGCUCAUGAUAGAUUUAAAAUGUCAACAGCUAAACUAAUUACGCCUAAACAUAAAUGACUCAGCAAAACUCUAAUUUGUUACUAGAUGAACCUUCAAAACGAUUCAUUAAUGUGAAUAUUUUGGUGUGUUUUGUGUCCUUGGUACAGUUUUGCCACUUGCCUGUAGUUUGUUGCAUAUCAAAGAAUUAAACUGAAUCUUUUACAUUAUUCUUCCCCAUUUUUUCUAAUUUUACUCCCAAUUUAUUAAUCUUUCUCCAAACUAUUUUUUUAAAAUGGUAGUCCAAUUAUUUUAUUAUAAUGGUAAUUUUAAGAAUACAUUUAUAACCUUAUGUGGUUUAAAAUUCAAACAAAUUCCAUGGUGCUGGAGAUUUUUCUGGUUCACAUUGUUAAAGAUGGGCCUUGUUUACACAUGAGAAAAUAACCAGCAUAGUUAUUGCCAAACAUCUAUUCUAGAAUGAUUUGUAGAUUGCACGGUAGUUCAACUAGCGGAUCAUGGCCUGUAUCCAGCCAGUGGGACUCUUUGCUCUGUUCCUUGCCUUUACCUCUGUUGAUCAGACUUCUGGGGCACAGCCAGCAGCUGGUUACUGAUGCACCAUGCACAACCAGGUGCCAAGUGCUAGAAGCUGCCACAGCAACCUUGUGGCCAGGAUGGGACAGAGAAGUGAGAGACUUGGCAUCUAGCACCCAAAAGACUGAGUUUUUCCCAUUUCAGCUGUACUGAAAUGACAGUCCAAACUGGACACUCAUUAAAGUCCCGGGAGGGCUUGUCUAUCCAGAGGAUUACCUAAAAUACCUAUAAACUAAUAAACUAUUCUGCAGUAGCUGUGCUGGUUGACUUCCCCUCUCCUCCUUCUGUGUAGACGAGGCCCAACAUGAGGCUGAAUACUGCAAAAUGGGGCAGGUGUGCCUCUCCAUGACUAAGGUGAGUAUAGAGUGGCUAACAGAUAAACCAUGGCAAUCACAUAAGCACCAACUGGAGUCAGAAGAUUUUCUUUUUCUUGUUAUUAACAGGAGGUGAUGUCACCUUCUUUAUAUAUAUUAUAUAUAUUAUAUAUUUUUUUCUGUUGGUGGUGGUUUCAAAUGUUAUGCACUUUUUAAUGUUUGUAAACUUUUACUAAUUAAUAGUGUGGUUGCUUCUUGAAUAGAUUAAUCAUCAGUUAACAAAACAUCUUUAUGGCCACAGCUGUUUCUACCAUAUGUAUCAUAGUACUUGUCUCUUGGAAUUCUUUUGUGAGAUGUGUUUAAAAGAAAAACAAACAAACCUCUGAUCAGUAUUAUGAGCUCAUUUAUUAGUGUUAAUAAAUAACAGACCAGCAGUAUGCUUGUGGUUCAUUAGUGUAAUGUUAACUCUUUCACCUUUUAUUGUUUGGAAAUUAAAUGCCUUGCUGUCAUGCUAGCUGACAAAUGCCCCCUCUUCUUUGUGACAGAAGUAGUCCAUUUGCUUUGAAAAUACUAUUGCCCUUAAACUAAUUAGUUGUUCAUUUGUUUCUCUUAGUGUUCCUCUCAAAGUUAACAUUUUUUUUCCAUUGCUCCUUUAUCAGUCCUUCGACUUAAGCAAAAACUGUUUUCCCCUUUGUAUUGGACUAGUUAAUUUCAUUCUAGCACUAACAGCAGAAAGAAAUAAGAUUGUGAGGCCUUUUAUAUAGUGUUACUGUAUUGACAAUCCACAAAACACCAUCACUAAAAUAUAGCAGUAAAAAGUAAUAGUGGAAUAAGUAAUUACAGUACAUUGAAGUGUUGGUUUCCUUGUUUUCCUUCAAUGCUUUUAUUUCAAUACCUUUUCUUUCUUCCUAAAUAUUCUGUUGUGAAAUAAAAUACUUUUCAACCUUUCACCUCUAUUUCAUAGUUGUUUCUUCCCUCCAUUUCUCUUCUUGCUUUCUUUUGUUUUUAAAGCAAACUUGGAGCCUUUUUGGCUUUUGAAGUAUGUCUCCUUGAUGGGAAAUAGCACUAUUAAUUUUAGUUCAGUAAAAGGCUAUUUAUCUUUCCCAAAAGUAUAUGAAUGUUGAUUUCAUCAUUUGGACUCUGCUCACUUUCUUUAUCUAGGGUAUUUCUGUAGCAGCUAUAAGCAGGCUUAGCUUUAUUUUAACCAGUUCUAAUAAAAACUACGUACAAACAGCAAUGUGGAGAGAUGUAUGGCCAUCAUAGCUAUAUACUUUUGCACAGUUCUAGGGAAUGUUCUUAGCCACUAGAACUCAUUUGUUUAUACCCCUGAAGUAUUAGCAUGCUCUCUGGCAUGUGUUUGGCUCAUGCUAGCUGAAAUUUUCAGGGCUAGGGACCAUUCAUAAGCUCCAUAAGGUUCUCAGACGGCAGCUAGCAUAUGUGAUCAUGCAGUUUUGGAGAUGGAUUUUGAUUAUAUAGAUACGAAUUUUUUUUUGGUAUCUGUUCUCAGUGCUAGAGAACAAAUCCGAGGCAUUUCAUUUACUAGUAUAGACACAGGCUGGAUAUCCUUCAAAGCCUGUGAGUAUUAAACAUGUGGUUAGUCUGCACCAAAUCAUACUACUGCAUCUUCACUGCUAUUAUUGUCCAGGCAUUUAUAAAAGAGCUAGUUCAAGCAUAGACGCACCUUCACUGUAGUGUAGUUGCACCAUCUUUUCCUAUAUAACAGCAACACUGAUGGCAGAAUCAUGCCUUAAUUGCUUUUUUUUUCCUUUUGCGAGUUAUCUUUUCAGUAAGCCUGAUGCUCUGGCUUCUAUUCCUGUAUUUUCUCCAUAUUUUAUUGUUCUCAUGGUAGGUAAAAUGUUAAAAUGUUUAAUUAAUCCAGGAUUAUUUUAAAGCAAUCACUCCAAAAUCUAAAACUCAACUGAAAAUUAUGUCUGGACUGUCAGCUUGGUAGAAUACUUUCUGCAGAUUUUUCUCCCCUUUUAGCUAUCUCUUUAGGGAUAUCAUUUUAGUGCUUCCUCCCCCUGCCACCCACAUCGCGCCAAAAAGAGUCUCUGUAACCCUAUUCUUAUUGCCCAUUGCAAGUUUUAUGACUGAUUGCAAAUACUGCACUUGUAGGGUUGUAUUCUCCAUCCACAUCCACAAACAAGAAGAACAUAGAACUAGAAUUCUAUGAUAUUGGCAUUUCUCACUUUCACUUAUUGCCAUUAAUGUUGUUGGUGUGCUUCACAAAACUUCGAUUUUUAAAAGGCAUCAGCAAGCAUCUAUAUACAUAUAUUUCAUCAAGCUCAUUUGAAUCCAAAAUUUCACCAUAACUUUCCAUACAAUGAUUAGGAAACCAACAUCAAAAAGGCAGCAGAGCUGCUACUUGUGCCAUUUGCAGCUAUUGCUCUUGUCAUUUUUUUCUGAGAUUCUAAAGUUUCAGGUGGAAGAAGGACAUCUUGGUAUGAGUCAUAGGUUCCAAGGUGUUAGAUUUCAUGCAAAGGGCAAAUGAAAUUAUCCCAUGCCUGGGGAAGGGGGCAGCUACCAAAAGUGGUUACGCUGGAACUCCUACAGUAGCAACUCCUUCCUGAGCUACACAUAAUGAAGAAUUCCAGGUGUGCUUAAUAUUUAUGUUUUAGAGAUAUCAAGGACAUUUUACAAAGGGAAAUACUGAAAGCUGCUGAGAGUGAGCUCAGUAACCUCACCUUUGUCAAGGUUUAAUGCCUUACCUCAGCAGUACUCCCAUGUUAAAUGUUUGCCCUGACAUGUUCCUUUGUUUUGCUCUGCUUCUCCUCCUGGCUGGUUUCUUUUCUGUACUGUGUUUUACAUAUGUCUCUGUAAAAUAAUGCUCCAAAAAUAUAUGGAGUACCUUAGCGGAUUUGCUGCAUAUUUAACUGAUGGAAUUCUUGUAGUGGAAAGGGUGUUUCCCUUCAUCCUUUUGGUCACUGCAGAGGGGGACCUUCUUCAAAACUCUAAACAGUUGAAGAAGCAAAAGAGCCAGGAGGGGAACAUGAAGUCAACAAGAUAGGCCAGCAAUAUCAGGAGGCUAUCUCAUCUUAAUGGUAAGGCAUUCGGAGCCAAAUGCAGAAAAUAAGCUUCCUGUGUGGAAUGAUGGACAGUCAGGAUGGGCUGCUUUUAGCUGAAGAGAAAUUACACAACUUGGGUGUGUGUUGAUUUCAGAACCAACUCCAGAUUUUCAGCUGUGUCCUAGAGCAGAAGCAGAUACAGUUUGGUGCCCUAAACAUUGAUACAUCACAAACAAAUGAAAAUCAUCAGAUGCUAGUCAGAAAAGAAAGGAAUUUCUAGAUCAUUUAGAAUAUGGGGUAUCUUUGAAAGGCAGAAACGUUUAACAGCUAGGAAAAUGACAGAAAUCUAGGUUGUAGCAGGAACCUUCUCACUGUUCCCUGAAGGCUUACAGGCUGAACUCUGUUCUUUAUUACUUUUUCAUCAUAAUCCAGGUUUCUGUACUCGAAGAGAAAAGAAAAAUUAAGUACAGGAAUGGUCAAUAUGGAUGUUUAGUGCAUUUCCACUAACACUUUAUUUACCUUAUGUACUGCAAAAAUCUGGCUGUAAGAUACGUAAGAUCUGGCAGAGCAAAUAAUGGUCAAACAGAAUAGUCUGGAAAAAUAAGAUGAUAUGAUAGUUCAUAUUGUUGUAUGUGACUAGUAAGUCUAACUCUGAGUUAACAAAAUAUGAACAAAUGCUAAAACAAAGAAUAAAGCUAAACAUAAAUACA